GUCAGUGACCAAAAAUGUCGGCACUGGGAAAGUCCUUUGUGGGUGUGACUGGCUUACUGCUCCUGUUGUUCAGUUAUAUAUAUAUUUUCAAGGAAUUUUCCAAGCCUCUAUGCACGAAGCCUUUUGUACAAAUUGGCGAGCGUUGCUUUUUCUUCUCCUCCAACAAGCCUCCCUCAUAUGAAUACUACAAACUAAGCUACAAGAAUCGCGUUUUCAGUGUACCCGUCAUAAUGGAUUGGUUGCAUGCAAACUUUGGUUGUGAGACCAUCGAUUCCCAAGCCCGACUGAUGACCAUUCGUAGCUCUGAGGAAAUGCGUUUGAUUGCCAAUUAUAUGCGUUAUGGAGCCCAUGCCCAAACCCACGCCGUCUUUUGGAGCGGAGGCCAUCGCGGAAGGCUGUCCCACAAGACUGAUAUUGAUCACAGCACUUUAGUGAAGUUUUACUGGCAUCAGAUAUCAAUCCCAUGAAUUUUACUAAUUUUGUGGCCAGCAAUCCACCGAAACGCAAUUUUCAGGAUGGUUUCUGUGUAUAUUUAGAGUUCACCGGUGAGGAGGUGGUGAUGGGCGUGGCUGAAUGCGAUAAAAAAAUGGCUUUUGUUUGUGAAUUAAAUACGGAUGUUAAUGUUAAUAAUUUAGUUGAACCAAAUAUACUUUAAUAGGAAACUCUUGGUAAAUGUAAUUCUGGUUAAAUUUCUGUGAAUUUGAAUUAUAAUCAUAAUAAUUGAUUUCUGAAGUGUAAACAAUUAUUACAUAUCAAUUUUCUUUGUGUAGACUGCCCAGUUUCUUGGGUUACAAUUCAUGUAAUCUGUAAUGGAGAUUUAUAAGCAAUUGAACUCUAGUGACUAUAUAUAAACAAAGCUUAUUUACACAGAAAUUAACAACAGUUGAUAAAAGGCUUAUGUGUCACAACUGAACUGAAUAAAAAAAUAAAUCUCAGGGUUUGCUGAAAUAUGAGCUACGCUUACUUUCGUAGAAAUUAAUUC